AUGGCCAAUUCUACAGAUGGAUGUGAAAUCAGUAUUUCUAAAUGGAGUGUUGAAGGAGGAGGUGCACGUCGAGCAACCACUUGGGCUCCUCGUGCUUGGAAUGAGAGAAUUUACGAGUAUUUCAAGAAAAAUGGGUACCAACAAUGUCCGUACGAGCAUGCCUUGUACACAAAGAAAUCAGAAAAUGAUAUGAUGGUAGUCGCUCUCUAUGUCGACGACCUCAUAUUCACCGGAAGCAACACAAAACUGAUUGAGGAGUUCAAGGAGGUAAUAAAGAAGGAGUUCGAGAUGACGGACUUAGGUUUGAUGAAAUAUUUUCUUGGCCUAGAAGUGAAGCAGUCAGAGGAAGGGAUUUUUAUAUCCCAAGAGAGGUAUGCGCUUGAUAUUUUAAAGAAGUUUAAAAUGGAGGACUGCAACCCAAUUUCAAUUCCAAUGGAACCAGGCACUAAACUCUCAAAGUUUGAUGGAGGAGAACGGGCUGAUGCUGGGAGAUACCGAAGCUUAGUCGGAAGUCUAAGGUAUCUUACAAGCACGAGACCCGACCUAAUGUUGAGUGUUGGGAUAACAAGCAGAUUCAUGGAGGAUCCAAGCUAUACACAUUGGAAGGCCUUGAAGAGAAUUCUGAGAUAUGUUCGAGGAACUCUUUCACUUGGUAUUUUCUAUUCAAAAUCAGAUAACUACCGAUUAGUGGAUUACUCUGAUAGUGAUUGGUGUGGUGAUGUUGAUGACCGGAAAAGUACUUCGGGUUAUGUAUUCCUACUCGGAAAUUCAGCUUUUACUUGGUUGUCAAAGAAGCAGCUUGUUGUAACUCUGUCGACCUGCGAGGCAGAGUAUUUGGGAUUGAUCCGGGAUGAAGGGACUGUGAUUCGAGUUGAUAACAAGUCGGCGAUCGAAUUGGAAAAGAAUCCAGUUAAUCACGGAAGGAGCAAGCACAUUGAUGUACGAUUUCAGUUCAUUAGAGAACAAGUCAAAGAAGGAAAGGUUGAGCUGCAUGUUGAAAGUUGA